UGAGAACGGUCACACGAACGUUAGGAGUUUCUGUGUUCGUUCUUCACACACUUUCUCGCUUUCAUUUCAACAGUAACGCGUUGCUGAAUUGAUCAACUACCACAUCUUUACAAUAAUCCAAUCCUUAAUAUGAUAAUGAUGUUACUGUUGGUUGCAAACGAUUCGUGAAUAAUAUAAUGGGAUUCCCGGCACUUGGACCAGGCGGACGUAUUUGGAGGGCGGAGAAUCUCCCUAUUCUUUGCAAAGCCUCCUGGGUACAGAGUCCAUUGUAAACAUGGCGGCCGCGCUGCGUCGGAUUCUGUCCUUCAGUAGAAAUGCUAAAGUGUUUGUGUCACCUUUGAAGACAUCGGCGCUUUCUGUACAGCGCUAUAGUCUAGAAGUGUCGACCACUGGAGAGCAAAUUACCCACACUGGACAGGUGUAUGAUGAAAAUGAUCCCAGGCGGGCCAGGUUCGUGGGACGACAGAAAGAGGUGAACAAGAACUUUGCCAUCAAGCUGGUGGCUGAGGAGCCGGUCAGUGGCGUUGAGGCCAGAGUGGUGUCAUGUGACGGGGGUGGAGGAGCACUAGGCCACCCCAAAGUCUAUAUCAACCUGGAUAAAGAAACGAAAGUGGGCACAUGUGGCUACUGUGGACUGCAGUUCAAACAGACCCAUCAUCAUUGAGACUUGUUCUCAGUCAAUCUUGCUCUGUUUAGUGUUAUUCUGGUUAAUAAAUGAUAUCUGCUAUU